CGAUAUUUUCGUAUUGUGAACCAAAAUAACGCAGCGUGGUACUUUGUCCACAUCCAGUCGAAGUUAAGUAGUUCUCGUUGUAUACCGUAGAGUAACUGCUAUUUUAUUCGUAUUAUUUUGGCUCGAACUUUCCAAUAUUACUUGAUGCACCUGCUAGUGAAACAUGAUAUAUGAAAUUUAUAUUGCUACAUGUACCACUCGGAGCGUCCUCCUGAGAAAGAACUAUCGGCCUCUUCAUGUAGAUGGCUCUUCCCAGAGUUCAUGGGAAAUAUUCUGCAGAAAAAGGCAGAAAAUCACUGAAGGAAGUAUAGCACCACACUUUGUUGAAGAUGGCAUACAUUUUUACUAUAUCCGACGUGGUGGGCUCUUAUUUGUUGCAACAAGUGUCAAAGAUGUUUGUGCGACUACAGUCAUAGAGUUUUUAAGCAGAUUAUACUACAUGGCCAAGGAUUUCUGUGGUAUAGUCACAGAAGAGUCUGUAAAAGCUAACAGUCUGCUUCUGCAUGAGAUAUUAUGUGAUGUCAUGGACUUUGGCUAUGUACAGAUUGUAAGUUCGGAGAAAGUCAAGCCAUAUGUGACCAGUGAGGCCAUAACCAUGGGAUCCUGUGCAUCAGAUCCAGAAGAACUAGUGACUCGCUUGUUUGGCAUUGAAAGUCACAGAGCACCAGCCACAGCUGCCCACCGACCAGCUGUUCGGACAUCACUAGAUCAGGGGGGACAGAAGAAUGAAAUAUUUGUUGACCUCAUUGAAAGGCUGACUGUGGUGACAGAUGCAAAGGGUAACAUUGGACGAAUGCAAGUGCAAGGCACAAUUAAUGUAAAGAACUUUUUGCUUGGUCAUCCCAAAGUGAAAGUAGCCCUGAAUGAAGAUUUGCAGAUUAGUUCACGAGAUCAGGUCAAAGGAUUUGGCUCAUCAGCACUGCUUGACCGUUGCAACUUUCACCAGUGCGUAGACUUAAGUGAAUUUGAUACCAGUCGCAUUAUUAGCUUCCUACCGCCACCUGGAGAGUUUUCUGCGAUGGUUUACAGCCUAAAUGAAGUUGGUCUUAAUCUACCCCUGCGUGUGACAUUCUUCACAAGAGACAUUCCCAACAGCAGGGAUGUGAAUGUGAUCAUGAGUGUUUACUGCAAUAUCCUGGGAACAAUAGGGCUGCUUAUGUUAUCAUCACACUUCGUCUUCCGUCUGCAAUAUCCAGUGUAUCACAGCACGUGAAUGGUCCAAGCAAUUCUCUGCAGUUUAAAUCAGAUGAAAAGCAGAUGGUGUGGACCAUUAAUAACUUAGCAGGUGGAGAAGAAAGUACUGCUCAUCUCAGGUUAAUCAGCCAUCUCUCUCAGAGCAUCACCAAGGCAGAUAUUGGACCAGCUUCUGUUGACUUUGAAAUCUCGGGACACACAAUGUCAGGUCUUCAGGUCCGAUUUAUGCGUGUUUUUGAGCUGGACCAUGCGUAUGUUCCUAGGAGAUGGAUCCGUUCUGUUCUAGUGUCAGACUCAUUUACAGUGAAGACAGCAUAAGGACUGUAAUGACACUACUAAACAUAACAAAUUGGAAAUUUGUAAAAAAGAUAAUUGCAAACAUUGAGAUGCAUGCAUGAAGACACUCAUCAGAUUGCCUAGCUGAUCAAAAAUAUAUAUAUGUUUGCGCACACUUGUAUAUGCAUAAACACAUAUACAUUGUAGAAUCUGUUCAAUUUAUGUUUGCUUAAAUCUAGGAUUAUCAAGAGUUAUUUGAAUCAUCAGCCAACAUUUUAAAGACUUUAAUGUUUUAUAUACAUCCAAAACCUAAGUCUUCAGACACUUUUUAGGUUAUCCUCUGCAGAUAGUGUCAUUGUUUCCUACCAAUCCACUCACACAUAGUCUCUCUUUAAAAACAACAAAUUUUUUAGCAGUUUUAAUAAACUGAAAUUCACCGGUCAUACAAAGUUACUGCUGCGAUGAAUACAGCUCCAUCAGACCAAGCAAACAGACGUAGAAAUACAAAUUAUUUGCAAAACCUAUACAGAAAGGUACUUAUACCUUCUGAUAUCAAUGUUCUUGUCCCACAGUAUUCACACCAAUUGUUUAAGACGCUGACCUGCAAAUAUGCAUCACACACAUCUUCCUAAAUCACAGUUUUCUGAGAACAUGCUUUGGCUACUACACUUCGUUAAAAUGUUGGAAAAAAUUAGCCCAUAAAGAAAUAUAACUGUUAAACUGGUCUUGAUCUCAAAAUGAUGUGCAGUACAUUUUUGCAUCUGCUGGAUGUCUGGCUUUGUAAUACCAUUUUCAGAAAGAUAAAUUGUCUAUUUGAGAAUUGCUUUCCUCAAUCCAAUGAUUUUGUACCACCAAAAUGGUGAUUUAUAUGCAGCCAUUUGUUUUUUAAAAAAGGUAAAUGUGAACUUAUAUGGAGUUUCACAAAAAAACUUAUGCUAAAAUUUGCAUAAUCUAAUUACAAAUUUAAUCAAUUAAAAAUAUUUGCUUCCAGUG